UUUCUAUCUGUCUUUUUCCCCUUCAGGCUUCAACCUAUUCAUAAUCUCACACCUAAGGCCCUAUUCAUAAUCUCACACGCUCGAUUCCUUCCAUUUCCCCUCCCCCACUCUCUCUCACUCUCUCUCUCUCUGUGGUUUUCUUUCCUUUCAGUUCUGUUGAAGAAAGUUCUGGACUUUUUCCCUUCGCCAGCUGGCUUUGAAUUCAGAGACCGUGCCAUGUUUCUGAUCGAUUGGUUCUACGGAGUUCUGGCUUCCCUUGGUCUGUGGCAGAAGGAAGCGAAGAUCUUGUUCCUGGGUCUCGAUAAUGCCGGGAAGACAACCCUGCUUCACAUGUUGAAAGAUGAGAGGCUAGUUCAGCACCAGCCGACCCAGUACCCAACUUCUGAAGAGCUAAGCAUUGGGAAAAUCAAGUUCAAAGCUUUCGAUUUGGGUGGUCAUCAGAUUGCUCGCCGAGUGUGGAAAGAUUAUUAUACUCAGAAGGUGGAUGCAGUGGUGUACUUGGUAGACGCAUUCGACAAGGAAAGAUUUGCCGAGUCCAAAAAGGAACUUGAUGCACUCCUCUCAGACGAGUCACUGGCCACCGUCCCAUUCCUGAUACUCGGGAACAAGAUCGACCUACCAUACGCUGCCUCCGAAGACGAGCUUCGCUACCACAUGGGCCUCACCAACUUCACGACAGGGAAGGGGAGAGUUAACUUGGCUGACACCAAUGUUCGGCCGCUCGAGGUGUUCAUGUGCAGCAUCGUUCGGAAAAUGGGUUAUGGAGAAGGCUUCAGGUGGAUGUCUCAGUACAUCAAGUAGGGUUGAGGAAGGGUAUUUAGUGAAACAGAGAACUGGUUUGGUUUGGUUUCUCUGCUUGGUGCUGGGCUUUUCUUAUAUACUUGAAUUUGGGUUAGUGUGGUUUCUUUUGUCGCUAGACAUUAUUGAUGGUAUUUUCUACUUAUCUUGUUCUUCUUUACGUCUCGUGGUAAAAAAAAUGUAACAUAUACAUAAGAUUAAUAGAGUUUUUGUUUAGGUCAACAUGUCUGUAUCAUAUUCCCCAGAUAGUGGUUGAAGUAAUUUUCUAUUUGAGUCGGUCAUCUACUUGUUGCUCAUAAUCUUAUGUUUAGGCGUCACAGCGGAACUGCAGCAAAUCUCAACUAUUGGACUG